AUGCUAGUUAUUUUACAAAUGGAUAUUUGGACACUAUUAUAUAUUCAAUACCUAGUAUGAAAGAUAUACGUUUGAAGGACAUCCCAAGUUUUAUAAGGACGACAAACCCAGAUGAUUAUAUGUUAAAUUUUGUUGUGUAUGUAAUGGAAAGAGCUAAAAAAGCUUCUGCAAUAAUUUUGAACACAUUUGAUGAAUUGGAGCAUGAUGCUAUUGAUGCACUUUCAUCCAUUCUUCCUCCAAUUUAUUCUAUUGGACCAUUACAUAUUCUCCAAAAUCAGAUCAAUGAUAACAACUUGAAGUUGCUUGGAUCAAAUCUUUGGAAAGAAGAGCCAGAGUGUCUUGAAUGGCUUGAUUCCAAAGAUCCUAAGUCUGUGGUGUACGUGAAUUUUGGAAGCAUCACUGUUAUGACACCAAACCAAAUGGUUGAGUUUGCUUGGGGACUAGCUAAUAGCAAUCAAACCUUUUUGUGGGUAAUAAGGCCUGACCUUGUUACCGGUGAUUUGGCUGUUCUUCCACUUGAAUUUGUGGAGGAGACAAAAGACAGGGGCUUAUUAGCAAGUUGGUGCCCACAAGAAAACGUUCUUUGCCACCCAGCCAUCGGAGGAUUCCUAACUCACAGCGGGUGGAAUUCGACUCUUGAAAGUAUAAACGCUGGAGUGCCAAUGAUCUGUUGGCCAUUUUUCGCUGAGCAACAAACCAAUUGUUGGUACUGCUGCACUAAAUGGGGCAUUGGCAUGGAGAUAGACAAUGACGCUAAGAGAAAUGAAAUUGAGAUUCUUGUGAGAGAGUUGAUGGGUGGAGAGAGAGGCAAAGAGAUGAAGAAUAAGGCGUUGGAUUGGAAGCAAAAGGCUGAAGAUGCCACCACAGGUUCAGCUUAUGCGAUUCUGGAGAAAAUGAUCAACCAAGUGCUUCUCACUCAAAAAAAUUAG